AUGCCGAAAGGACAACAAAGAAAAAUUAAAGGUGCAAUAUGUAACGUACCAGUUGAAUGUAGUAAAACAUGCGAUGUUCUUCCCAGGCCACCUUACAGAUCUGGGAUAAUUUUACUUAAAUUAAAAAGGAAACUUCAAUUCAGAGGUCAUGUUUACUUUCAAGCAGUUCGCCCUCAGUUUGUAAUUAGUGCAUUAAACUGGCUUAUAGCAAACAAUCCGUUAUAUAGAAACAUUGAAGUUCAAUGUGAAAACAUCAGCUCAGAGUUGACUAAUUUGAACUGUCCUGCUGCAGAAGUAGAAAGUAUAGACGAGCAUUUGCAAACUAAUGUAAAUAGAGAACUUCUUAAUGAAGAUGCUGAAGAACAAGAUGAUCCAUUAAAUGGACACCGUUCAGCUGCAAUUGAAACCUGUCUUCAAUCCAUCUUGCCAAAUUAUCCUGUAAACGUGGACAAUAGAAACUGUGAUAGGCCUAAUUCAACAGGUAGAGAAAUUUUCAACAUUGCACCAGGUGAAGGUAAACACCCAGUAUCAUUGAUGACUGACAAACUUUGUGAGGAACUUUCAUUUCCAGUACUCUUUCCAAAAGGACGAUUUGGAUACACCUUUGAACAAGACAUAAAAUUACCUCCGAUAAAAAAUUUCAAUGCUCGCCUCUUGCAUUAUAGUGGGAAAUUUGCAACCAAUCCAGAGUAUCUAUUCUUUGCACAAUUCAUUAUGGAACAGAAAAACAUCCAUGAUAGCAUAAAUAUAGCUCUUAAAAAAAUACAUGGGCAGUUAGUCACAGCAUCACAAUUGAAAUCAAACAGUCAAGCCUUUCAAAAUCUUCUUUUUCAAGAUCAAGCAUAUUUGUUUUUACGGCAAAUUCCUGGCUCACCUCCUUACUAG